AUGUUGUCUGUACCAUUUUUGAACAAAUUUAUAAAUACUGUGAAAAGGCAAGAGGUUGCCGAUUCAGUAGACUAUCUCAAUUACUAUGUUACGACUAUGAUGCUAGCGUUUUUCUCUUUAGCCAUUUCGGCUAAGCAAUACUUCGGAUCCCCUAUCCAAUGUUGGGUUCCAAACGAAUUCAAAGGAGGCUGGGAAAAAUAUGCUGAAGAUUAUUGUUUCAUUGCUAACUCUUAUCAUGUUCCUUUCGAGCAGGAGAACAUGCCCGACCAUUCUGAAAGAGUCGACCAAAUCAGUUACUAUAGAUGGGUUCCCAUAAUGCUUGCAAUUCAGGCUGUGUUUUUCUAUCUACCCAAUUGCAUUUGGAAUGUUCUCCAUGAGCAAACAGCAAUUAAUCCCAGAGCAUUCCUCUCUGAAGCCGAUAAAAUCAAGGAUAUGACCGGAGAGCAAAGAGACAAAGAGAUUAGUAGUUUAGCAAACUAUUUCAUGGACACUGUUUCCGUGUUUGGAACUGCUGAUUACCACAGAGCUCUCAAAACAAGCCCAAGGAGUGGAUAUAACGCUAUGUACUUGUAUCUUCUGGUAAAGGCUAGCUACGUCUGUAACAUCUUUAUGCAAAUCGUUAUGUUGAAUCACUUUCUGGGUGAGGAUUAUCUCCAUUGGGGUUACCAGGUCGCUGCCAAUAUCCUUCAAGGAAACGAAUGGGCUGAGUCUUCUGUUUUCCCACGUGUUAUUAUGUGUGAUUUCACGAUUCGUCGUCUUGGAAAUAAGCAAAACCACACUGUACAAUGUGUGAUCAUGAUGAACAUGAUUAAUGAAAAGCUUUAUCUUCUUCUUUAUUUCUGGUUUUUAAUUCUCUUGGCUGCCACCCUCAUCAACUUCUUCUACUAUGUGGUCACGAUGAUGGUUCCAAGCUUAAGAGCCAGACUUGUUGUCAUCAAGAUGAAUUCGCGCAGAAAGGUACUUGUGGCCUCAGUGCCUUAUUCUGGUGUUAAUCCAAUACCUCAGAAAGGAACAAUGUACCGCAAACGUGAUGUUGACCGUUUUGUUGCCGAAUGCCUACACCCUGAUGGUGUUCUUCUCAUUCAGUUCUUGAAAGAGCAUGCAGGUGGACGAGUGGCUUUUGAGCUGACCAACAAACUUCUUGAUUUAUAUACUACCCAGGAGGUGGGACCUGACUAUAAAAGUUUUUCUGACGACUCCAUAGAGAAGCAUCCAAAUUCUCCACUACUUGAGAAGUAUAUGCGUCCUCCCCAUUAUCACUAUCCGGAGAAUAAGCAACCUUAUUAUCCAAACAUUGUGAACAAAGCUUUCGAAAAUGCCCCAACGAUGGAGGACUUCAUCGAUGGUGCCACACUCAGAGUGGGUGACCGCAAGUCUUCUUCUCCAAAGGAGUCCAGAAGCAGUCCUACUGAAGUUUAA